GUUUUGGUCGAUGUGUGUGAGCCAGUGGGAGCUUCUCCUAUGCGCAUUGCAUGCAUCCCAUUUCGUCUGCUAGCGCUAUUUGACGUUGAACAUCCAAGAUAAGUUAUAACUUUUUAUAAGCUGAAAAGUAACAGUUGAAAAGUACUUCCAAUACCGAUAGAGGUUGAUGCGAUUUUAUUCUCAUCAUGAGUGCAUGGCCAAAAGUGGUUUUAUUUGGUGAUUCGAUAACACAGCGCUCCUUUGAAGUUGGAGGAUGGGGUGCUUCAAUUGCUGAUCAAGUCCAGAGAAAAUGUGAUGUCAUUUGUAGAGGAUUUUCUGGUUACAAUGGCAAAUGGGCUUGUGCUGGAAUACAGUAUAUUCUUCCUAGUGAAUUGCUUCAAAAUGUUGCCAUGGUAACUGUAUUCUUUGGUGCAAAUGAUGCAUGUUUACCCGAACUGCAGCCAGAUAAAUAUGUGACCCUGGGAGACUAUACAAAUUAUAUAAAGUCAAUCGUAAACUAUCUUGAGAGCAACGGUGUCCGAAAGGAGAAAAUACUGCUGAUCACACCUCCUCCAAUAGAUGAAUCAUUGUGGGGCGAAGCCUGUAAAGAAAAAGGUACAGCCUUGAAUAGGACACUUAAGAACUCAGGAAUUUAUGCCAAAGCUUGUGUAACUCUAGCUCAGGACUUAAGAGUGAAGGUCAUUGAUUUAUGGUCAGCUAUGCAGACAGAAGAGAACUGGGGACCACGAUUCCUUUCUGAUGGUCUUCAUCUCUCAUCUCAAGGAGCUGGCUUUCUUUACAAGCAGCUCUCUGGUUUUGUAGAAGAAUGUACAUCCUCCCUUCCUCAGCAGUUCCCUGACUGGAGUGAAAUAGACUAUGCCAAUCCAGAGAAGAGCUUCCAGCAGAGUUGAUGUUUUCCUUUCAGUGUUCCAACUCGGUGUAUGUCAUUUGAUUACCCUUAGUAGUCAUCUAAGGAAAUCAUGGGUUGAGCCACAGUGUAUUAUAUGUUGUUUGGGAGGAGAGACAAUGCUUUAAUAUCCUCCCACUUACAAUAGAUAAUCCCCUGAGGCCAUUCUUAUGACUGAAAUGCUACUCAGGUACUGCAUACUUUUUAUAAAUUAGUUAGAUAUACUACUCACACUUAACUUGAGAAAUUAGCCUUUUAUUUGUUUGUUUGUUUGUUUGUUCAUAUGUUUUUAAGUUACAGUGUACAGCUCAGAAUGAAUACUGCAUGAUUUCAUGGUGCUGAUAUCCUGUUUCAGACGUGCAUAAACAAAGCUCAGCAUCAUUUCUGUGCAUAGCAUUUGGACAUUAAGUGACAUGACCAAUCUCUCACAUUUUAAAUUAACAUAUGAUACAACCCCCUCCCCCCCAAAAAAAAAAAUAAUAAUAAAAAAAAUGAAAAUGUCUAAAAUCAUGACAUGAUAAUUUAAUUAUGAUGAAAUGAACUGAUAUUAUGUAAUGUCAUAAUUGUUAUAUUUGAUUAAUGAUGUUGAUAUGAAUAUUUGUGCUUUGAUAUGAAUUCAAAUUUGUCAAUUUUUACAGAAAAAAAGAAGAGAAAAUAUUUAAUGACUAAAUGUAUGGAACCUUCAGCUCUAGUCCAUAUUGUUGUGAUUUCUUAUUCUGCCUCACAUUUGAUAAUGACUGUUUUGUGAGGCAACACAUGUCAAUCUGAAUGCAGAUAUACAGAUUAAAGCUAUGCCAAGUGAGCAGCAAAUAAAGAUUAGCAAAGUAGAGGUAUGCAGCUGUAAGUUUCAUCUAUUUUAACAUAAAAGUAAUUUAGUUUUUUUCUCACCUGCAUAGCAGAGUGAGACUAUACAUGUAGGCAGCAGUGACUUCAACAUCAAAUCUAAACCGAAGGUUAAGUUUUUGAAAUAACAGCAUAACUUAGAAAGUAUAUGGACCUAGUUCAUGAAACUUACAUAAGGUAAAUCAAGUAUCACUGAACAUCCUGUACGAGUUUCAGGUUACAUGACCAAGGUCAAAGGUCAUUUAAGGUCAAUGAACUUUGGCCAUGUUGGGGGUAUUUGUUGAAUAGCCAUCAUAACUCUGAAAGUGUAUGGAUCUAGUUAAUAAAACUUGGUCAUAAGAGUAAUCAAGUAUCACUGAACAUCCUGUGCGAGUUUUAGGUCACAUGACCAAGGUCAAAUGCCAUUUAAGGUCAAUGAAGUUUGGCCAUGUUGGGGGUAUUUGUUGAAUUACCAUCAUAACUCUGAGGAACUUUGGCCAUGUUGGGUGUAUUUGUUGAAUUACCAUCAUAACUCUGAAAGUGUAUUGGUCUAGCUCAUAAAACUUGGACAUAAGAGUAAUCAAGUAUCGUUCGAGUUUCAGGUCACAUGACCAAAGUCAAAGGUCAUAUAAGUUUAGAGGUAAUUGUUAAAUUGCUGUCAUAACUUUCAAAGUUUAUGGAUAUAGUUUAUGAAAUGUGGACAUAGGGGUAAUCAAGUAUCACUAACAAGUCUUAGGUCUCAUGAUCAAGGUCAAAUGUCAUUUAGGGUCAAUGAACGUAGUAUUGUAUCAUUAUAUGAAUGGUGUUUUUGUGAAUAAUUAUUUCAUAGCAGUUUUCAAAGUCAGCACAGCUGCUAUUUUGAAUUGCGUAAUGCAGAUGAGACUGCCAGAGGCGCUCCACUUGUUGUAUUUCAGUGCAACUUCAAAUUUGUGUACAGAGAAAAGCACAUGUUCCUUUAACAUCAAUGAUAUAUUGGUAUGCAGUCCAGCAUGGAGCCUAAUGAAUUCCAUUUUUGCUGUUUGAGUAAAAUAAAAAAUUACAUAUAAAUGAAUGAAUUAUUCUUAAAAAUGACAAUAGAAAGAAUAAAUAAUUGAAUAAAAAAGAUAUAUAGGUUGAUCAUAAAAACUUGAAAUGUUUUUUGAGGAAUAUUUUCUUUGUUAUUAAUAAUUCUAAGGUUUUAACUAAAAAAAUCUUGAGAUGUAUUGUCUUAUUAUUCAGAAGCUUUUAGCUGUGAUGAUAUUUUAUUGAGAAUAAGAUAUUGAAGAGUUUAUAUUUUUGUAGUCUUUUUUCAAAAUAGAUAUUUAAUGAUACCAAAUCACCUUUGUGUUUUCAUUUUUUUACCUGUGUUGCAUGUUUUAUGAGUAAUUAUAUUUUAAAGGAAAAUAUAUUACUUGCACUGGGAAGACAAUAAAAUUGUACAGAUACUAAAGGCCAACGAA